GCCGAGGUUUCCUGCUUCAACAGUGCUUGGACGGAACCCGCCGCCACCGCCACCGACACCGCCGCCGACACCGCCGCCGACACCGCCGCCUCCACCUCCGCCUCCUCCUCGCAGCGCCCGGACCCCGACCACCCAAGGCCCCCGCCUCCGCUCCAGCGCCGCGCCGUCGCCUCUCCGCCGCCGCCGCCAUGUCCACCGCGCCCGCCUCGCAGGUGCGCCAGAACUACCACCAGGACUCGGAGGCCGCCAUCAACCGCCAGAUCAACCUGGAGCUGUACGCGUCCUACGUCUACCUGUCCAUGUCUUACUACUUUGACCGCGACGAUGUGGCUUUGAAGAACUUUGCCAAAUACUUCCUUCACCAAUCGCACGAGGAGAGGGAGCACGCGGAGAAGCUGAUGAAGCUGCAGAACCAGCGCGGCGGCCGCAUCUUCCUCCAGGACAUCAAGAAACCAGACCGCGACGACUGGGAGAACGGGCUGAACGCAAUGGAGUGUGCGCUGCACUUGGAAAAAAGUGUGAAUCAGUCACUACUGGACUUGCACAAACUGGCCACUGAGAAAAAUGACCCUCAUUUGUGUGACUUCAUUGAGACGCACUACCUGAAUGAGCAGGUGAAAUCCAUCAAAGAACUGGGCGACCACGUCACCAACUUGCGCAGGUUGGGGGCCCCUGAAGCGGGGAUGGCCGAGUACCUCUUUGACAAGCACACCCUGGGGGACAGCGACGAGAGCUAAGCCUUGGCUGCUUCCCGUGGCCUCGGGGAGACUUCCUGGUCCCCCAAGCAGUACUGCAUGUUGGCGCGACCUUUACCUUUUCUAUAACUUGUACCAGAUCAUCCACUCAUGUCUGUCAUUUGUACCGUUCCUUCCAAUAAAGUAAUUUGGUACCCA